CAGCCAGGAUGAGUUUCCUCCUCUUCGCAGUCACCGCCCUACACGUCCUCAUUCUCAUCUUACUCUUCGUAGCCACGUUGGACAAGUCUUGGUGGGUUUUGCCUGAUGACAAUACAGUUAAUAUCUGGUAUGAUUGCAUACACGAUAACAGCACUGACACGUGGAUCUGCCAGUCGGUUUCUAAAAGCGACUGGCUCUAUGCAGUCCAGGCCUUCAUGGUUUUAAGUCUUCUGUUCUCCAGUGCCGCCUUCAUUAUCUUCAUGUGCCAGCUCUAUACCAUGAAGCGGGGAAGCCUGUUUUACGCCACUGGAAUCUUCCAGAUACUUACAGCCAUCUCCGUACUCACAGCCGCCGUGAUCUACACAACCCACGUGGAAGAGUUCCAGAAAGAGCGACAGGCAGGUGGCUCUUUCGGCUACUGUUUUGUGCUGGCAUGGCUUUCCUUACCCUUGGCUCUUAUCAGCGGAUUCAUUUACAUCCACCUUCGAAAAAAGGAGUAGCCAGGCCACUAGGAUAUCUCACCGUUU